GGUAUUUAAGCCGAGACCAUCGGACGAAAGACGCAGCAGCUCCUCGAGGGAGAGGACUGAAGAGAAGCCAGCGGGGUGGGGGCGGGGGUUGGUGAUGGGAGAAUCGAGCGCGUCGGUCUCGCUGGAUGUGGAGCGGAUCUCGUUUGGAGGAAAGGAACAUCAUGUUUUAACAAGCCAUGGUCCCAUAUCAGUUGCCGUGUAUGGGGAUCUCGAGAAGCCUGGACUUAUUACUUACCCAGAUGUUGCUUUAAAUUAUAUGUCAUGCUUUCAAGGAUUAUUCUUUUGUCCUGAAGCUGCUUCUUUGCUUCUUCACAAUUUCUGCAUCUACCAUAUCAGUCCUCCAGGACAUGAGUUAGGUGCUGCUCCAAUUUCUCCAAAUGAUCCAGUUCUCUCUGUUGAUCAAUUAGCAGAUCAAGUGGCAGAUGUUCUUGAUUUCUUUGAGUUGGGUCCCGUAAUGUGCUUGGGGGUCACAGCAGGUGCUUACGUACUCACUCUGUUUGCUACAAAAUAUAGGGAACGCGUUCUAGGUUUGAUACUUGUAUCACCCUUAUGUAAAGCUCCCUCAUGGACAGAAUGGUUGUAUAGUAAGGUGAUGUUAAAUUUUCUCUAUUUUUAUGGAAUUUGUGGCUUGAUUAAGGAAUCCUUACUUCAUCGAUAUUUCAGUAAGGGAGUACGAGGAAGUUCACAGGUUCCUGAAUCAGAUAUUGUGCAAGCAUGUAGAAGUUUGUUGGAUCAAAGGCAUGGUGUAAACGUGUGGCGAUUUCUUCAGUCAAUAAAUGAGAGAUAUGACUUGGCAGAGGCAUCGAAGAAACUUCAGUGUAGGACACUAAUUUUUGUUGGUGAGAAUUCUCCCUUCCAUUUGGAGGCCAUUAACAUGGUGACAAAACUGGACAGAAGAUUCAGUGCCCUGGUCGAGGUUCAGGCGUGUGGAUCAGUUGUGACUGAAGAGCAGCCUUACGCAAUGCUGAUACCGAUUGAAUACUUCCUCAUGGGCUAUGGUUUGUACCGACCAAGCCAGGUAAGCUGCAGCCCACGGAGUCCACUCAGUCCAUCGAGCAUCUCGCCUGAGCUACUCUCUCCGGAGAGUAUGGGAGUGAAGCUGAAGCCGAUCAAGACUCGGAUCUCACUCCACGUUUGAAAAUCAAGAAGGUGGCGGUACCUAGCUGGCAGAUCGGCGACAGCUUGUGCAAAUUUGAAUGAUCGGUCUUCAAGAACUGUAAAUUAAAGAUGUAUUUAUAAACAUGGGUACAAAUUUUUGGUCGUUUGGACUGUAGAUACGAGAAGUGAUAAACAAAAGCAUGUGUCGAGGACAAGCUACCGAGGAGGUGGGGGAUCGCGGAUCGCGGAUCGGUGGGGUUCCAUCUGAUUCACUUUGUAGAUGUGCGAAUGUGUAUAUCUUUUAUUUCUUGUGAGGACAAGAAGACAAUAAAAGGGGGUGACUGAUUGUCCUCGAUCUAUUAGAUCAUUUUGUAUCUGUUGUAGCUCUUUUAUUCUGCUACUUAAUAUUUGGGAUGAUAUUAUUUCGGAGGUACUUGUUGUUGAGGUACCCACCUGUCAAUAUGACACAGAAUAAUAUAUGCUAUUUAUUAUCCUGAAA